AUGGAUUCCUCACGAAACAAUCGCACCAGUCGCUCUGGCAGUCACGCAUCUGCUGUUUCUCGCAAAUCUGUUGCUGCAAUCGCCGCAUCCAUUGCUGGUUCUGUUCGUCCCAGUCUUUCGAUUAGCCACGAUGAUAGUUCGGAGCAGACCUAUUAUUCGGCUCGUUCUUCGUUCGCUGUGCCCCCCAAAGUGGGUAAUUUAGCUAACAUGGAUCACUACGAAGAUGACGAAACUCCCGCGCUAUUACAGCAGCUCCUCCGACAAAACGCCAGCGAUGGCUUUGGUCCCUCUGCGGAAAAUCCGGCGGCCGACCAAUACGAUGAUCACAACUUUGGUAGCCUCGAUCCCAUCUACCGCGUGCCUUCAGUCGCUUCCACCCACCUUUCUUCCCAAUCGGGCCACACUGCUCGCAGUCUGCUGCCCUCUGUCCUGAAUCCCACUGGCAGCGGGCUUGUCACCCUUACAUACGAGGAAGCAUGUGUUGAGCUCAAGAGGUUCUGCGAAGAAUUAUCACAAAACGGAUGCACCCUCGCAGAGAAACCAGUUGCCGUGGUCGCCUACGAUGAGAAGGGUGGUCAGACAAGUUGUCAUCAGAUCAAUUUGACUAUCGAUCUUGAUCUCAAGUCGUUGAUCAAUGUGUUACAGGAUCUGAUCGAUCAACGCGAACGUGAGCCUUCAUACAAGGGUAAAGGUAGAUUCCUGAUCAGAAGCGUCGACAUUCGUUCCGGCCACGGCGAAAUGGACAGAUCUUUUCCCGCCAUCGAAGGCGCAGUCAUUGAAGCACCCCAGACAUCUCUCAGUCGUCCGUUGGCUCAAUGGGUCACUUGGGAUUGCAGUGAAGGUCCAAUGGAGAAUUACUGGAAUUACUACCGCAUCGCCAUGCAGCUUGGUAUUGGAAUUGUUCCUAAUGGUCCUAUCUUGAAACUUCGCACUGUCAAGUGCCAGGACAUAUACGAUAGUGAGCCGGGCGGUCAUAUUUAUAAUAGUGGCGGCUCUCAAUAUCAAAGAGCCAGACGCUAUUCAGGUGGUAAGCCACCAGGCGGUGGUGUUUUUGGGAACAUGUCAUCUACAAGUGGAGCAUUACCUGGAAUUCGAACACAAUUGAACCCUAUCGCGUCUGCAUUUAAAUUCGGCGUUACUAUCGAGGAAUCCAUCGACGACGCGAAUACCCUACGACCUACAAGUGAUAAGAAAGGCAAGGAAGUUGCCGUUCAGACUUUAGGCACCAGCGGAACUUUACAUGAAGAUGAACACAAAAGCGUCGGCAAGAAGGUUAUUGUUGACGCCAGUACUACUACCGGAUGGAAGAAAGCUCCUAUUCCCGACUGGGAUAGCUUGCCACCCGCCAUCAAUUACAAUCCCGGUGGGUACCAGGCAAAGCCAACCAGCUGGGCAUAUUGGCAGCGAAUUGGUGGUGAUCCUGAGACACACAAGGAGUUUCCAUUAGGCCACAUCCCCUACCCGGAAACACCAGACACUGACCACUGCGACUAUCUUCCAGGAGAGCCGCUUGACAUGAAAGCAUCAAUUGACACUGCCAUGAAAGCACUUGCAAACAAUGAGCAGCCGGUUAUGCCAAAGUUGAGCGCUGAGGAACAGGCAAUCAUCGAUCAGAUCACGGGCCAAACCAGAAAGGACUUCAACAAUGCUAGGGGUUUUGAUCAAGAAGAUGAUGAUAUUUUCAUCUCGACUGCCAAUCCAAAUUGGGAUCCCAAUGGUCCAAAGGAUCAGCUUACAAAGGACAAGGAAGGCGCGUCGGCUUUGGCGAAUAUGGCCAACGAUCCUUCAAAGUACCACAAUCAACCGACAGUUACUGAGUCUAAGCCAGGACCACCAAGCUAUGUCAGCGCAUACUACAAUCGCCCAGCACAACAAAACACGAUGACUGGCACUAGUUCUAUCAUAAUGUCUGGUACAGAUUCUCCAAUCAGAUUUGCAUCACCACGAACAACCCAGAGCAAAUCAACGUUUCCAUCUGGUGGUCGGGCAAGACCCUUCACGCCCAGCCAGAUGACUUCGUUCCAAUCGCUUAACGCUGGAAGCAGGUCUAGCACACCCACCCUUCGAUAUGGUGGCAGUACUAGCUCGUUUGCAAUGCCAAGUGCCAGCAUGGGUUUCAAUGCCCCUCCCAACACCAUCUCUCGCAGCAGGCCAUCCUCACCUGCCAAUGCGAACCAGAUGGUAGACCAAUUCGCCACCUUAAAUAUGGCAAACACCCAGGGUCCAUCGCGGGGCCACCACAAUCAAUUGUUUGUCCCAGGAUUCGGUACAAAUGCCUCGACCGCUCAGGGUCAUGGUAAUCUACCUCAAAACUUCGAAGACUGGAACAUUGCUCAAGGAGAGACAAAAUAUCCUUUCGAGUAA